ACGUGACUCUCCAGACAAAGCGGCGUUAAGUUAACCAAUAACCCUUGAAAACUGUCAGAAGAGCUCAACAAAUAUUGUGGCCACGCCCGCCUGUUUUCUUUACCUGAAGUCUUACUCUCUUCACAAGAUUACUUCAGACCGUUACAAUAGUUACUUUAUAACCGAUGCUGUUUCGAAACCGGCCUAUGUUCACUUCAGUUUCUUCGCGAUGUUUGCUCGGAUAGUAGUUUGGCUGUUUUGUCUUAACCAACUCGUCUCCUUAAGGGAAGUUAAGAGAGCUUUUCAGACUGGUGAUGUUAUGCUUGGCGGACUCACAGUAUUACAUUACAAGGACGCGAACGACAAAUGCAGUUUAGGCUUUUUUCCCGUUGGUCUCGGUCACGCCGAGGCUAUGAUCCUCACGAUCGACCAAAUCAAUAAGGACCCUUCAUUGCUUCCGAAUGUUACUCUUGGCUUCGACAUCCGUGACUACUGCGAAACUGUCUCUGUUGCCGUAAAAGAAACAUACGAUUUUGUGCGAGAUGCAGAACUGCAUCAUAUGUAUGCGAACACAAAUUCAACCAUCAAUAACGAAACAGCUUCGUGCUAUAGCGGAGAUCCCGUUGCUCCUGUUUCUACGAUUCUAGGACCGUACGACUCAGCCAGCGCUAUUCAGAUUGCUAGUCUUCUCAGCAUGGCCAAAAUCCCCAUAAUAAGCUUUGCUGCGACGAGCGACGAGCUUAGCUCCGAUCAGUUUCCAUACUUCUUCAGAACAGUUCCGCCUGACAAGCAGCAAGCGAAGGUGCAAGCAGACCUGUUUGAAUAUUUCAAGUGGACUUAUGUUGGUACGGUAGCUCUGGAUGAUUCUUACGGCCGGUUUGGUGUCUCUGCGUUACAGAAAGAGGCGUACAAUCGAGGGACGUUUUGCUUGGCCUUUUCAGAGUUCAUUCCGCGUCUUCGUGCUGCCACUGAUAUGAAGCAGAUUGUGUCACGCAUUAAACAGCAGAGCAGUGUCAAAGUCAUUGUGGUGUGGGUCUUCGGUGGAUAUGCGAAGCUGUUCUUCGAGGAAGUGCAUAGACUGAAGCUUGGGCGACGGACCUGGAUUCUCGGCGAUGGAACGAGUACAGAAGACAGCGGGCUGCUCGGACCGUAUUUUCGUCUACUGGACGGCGCCUUGGGCGUUCAGCCGCGCGAUCGCAAAGAUGAGACUUUGCUGAAUCACUUGUAUUCUUUAACGCCGCAUAAAACUCGUUUGGGAAGGAAUCCGUGGUGGGAAGAAUACUGGACAAAAUUUCGGAGUUGCACCUUUGACGCAGACAGUGCAACAGACCCGCGAUGUUUCAAUGUGCCACUGUCCUACAAUGAAGUUUCAAAACUGUUCGAUCCUUAUCUUGGCUAUCUUAUAGACGGUAUCUUUGCCGUGGCAUACGCAUUAGACAAGCAUUUCAGGUGUCGUGCUUCAGACCGAGAGCUUCCGGGGGAAACAUGUCCUGAUGUAAAGUCAUCGGCAACUUACGGAGAGGAUCUGUUGUUUCACUUGAAAAAUGUCAAUUUUUCAGGACUCACUGGCGUCGUAGAAUUUGACCGCGACGGUGAUCCCAAGAACUCAUUCUUUGAAAUUGUGAACAUCCAAAUUAAUGGGGAGCGAAUUUCAAAGAAGGUCUUGGUAGGAUCCUGGAAUAGUAAAAACAAGCCAAGGUUGGCACUGAACGACUCUGCGAUCAAAUGGACAAACGCUAGUUUUCCUACAACAGUACCGUCUUCAUUCUGCCAUGAGGUGUGUCCCCCCGGAACUAGGCAAGAAGUAACCACUCCAUGUUGUUGGAAGUGCGUUACAUGUCCGGGGGGUACAGUCAGUAAGUUGCCUGGAUCUACCAACUGCACGCAGUGCCCGUAUCAACAAAAGCCGAACGAUGAUAAAACGAAAUGCGUGGACCUGCCAGUGAAAAACCUUCACUUCAGAGAUGCAGGUGGCGUAUUCCUUUCUUUCGUGGCAGCUUUAGGAUUUUGCGUGACCAUGGCCAUGUCACUUGUGUUUGUGAAAUAUCGCGAGACACCAAUUGUAAAAGCCUCGAAUAGACAGCUAAGUUUUCUCCUUCUUGCUACGAUCUUCUCCAGUUUUACUCUGGCACUGUUAAGCAUUGCAGAGCCAACUGAUUCUAUAUGUCGCUUGAUUCAGUUUUCUCGGUACGCAAUCUACACUACUUUUGUAUCCAUAUUGUGGCUAAAGUCAGUUCGUAUUUUCGUUCUGUUCCAACUCAACAGUUCAGAAAUGCCCUUUCAAAGUUACAUUGCAAAAGUCAAAUACCAAAUCGGUUUGGUUGCUCUUGUGAACGUUGUCGACUUCUUGCUGUUAAUCGCAUGGUUCGCAUCAGAUCCGCCAUACAGAAACGAGAAGAUUCAACCGACACAGUUCAUAUUCUACACUUGUAAACUGUACGGGUCGUCUGUCGGAAAAGCAUUUUAUUUCAUGGUCUGUUCGUAUGUGUUACUUCUUUCAUUACUCUCGUCUUUUUACGCAUUCAGAGUUCGUAAAGUGCCAGAUAAUUUUAACGAGGCGCGCUUCAUAGGAUUUUCGCUUUACAUCAUUUUGUUGUCUGCACUAUGUUAUUACUCGGUGGAAUUCUCAGUGCAGGACGGUUGGUAUGUUUCAGUUAUAGCCUGCUCCACGACACUAGUUGAUUCGUUUGGGCUGCUUGGCUGCAUGUUUAUUCCAAAAGCUUUCAAUAUCCUGUUCCAUCCUGAAAGAAAUAAGAAAGAGCUGAUAGGGGCACAGGUCACCGCCUACGUUUGGCAGAAUUCGCAGUUAGCAAGCGCGAGUACGCGUGAUAACAGACCAGAGAUCAGCCAAAGCAGCGAGAGUACUGUUGUUGAGCCAAAGAACUAAAAACACAGGGGAAACGUAAAACGAUUCAUGGCUUUAUUAAGGAAACUCUACUAUGAAUUCUCGGAACUGAUUUAUGUGUAACUCCUCUUUACAUUUCGAAAACAGUAUACGGGAGAUAAUGACGAGAAUAGCUAAUUUUAUCAUCUAAUUAGUGUUAUUUUGAUGAAACACCAAAUUUCUCAACCUUUUUUUGUAAGAAAUUAUGUUGCAGAUAGUUACUGAAUAUAAAUUUGGAGUGUAAGCUGUUCGACGAUAUUGCAUAAUUAUUGUCUCACAAGGCUGCUUUAAUGCAUGCUUAUUCGCAAUGCUUUCAAUAUCCUUUUUGCCAGAGCGGUGAUGGCUUUUAUCCAAGCUGACACUGUAACGUAGUCGGCUUUUUGAUUGUGUAUUGUAACAGUGACUUCUUUUAGAAGCGCCAGUCUAGCAACGUAAAUCUCAAUUUUUUUUUCGGUUUUUUUCUUUUUUUUUUUUUUUGUGCCGUUUAACAUCAUUGGAAAUAGAGGCAUU